GUAUGAGUAAUGGCUUAGAUAAUAUUAACAAUGAUAAUAUUAUUAAAGACUUUCAACGUGUUAUUAGAAACAAGAUAAAACUCAAUUCAAUAAGAACAACAAAAAGAUUACACAAUCUAAAACAAAUAAAACCACUUCAAAUAAGACAAGGUAUCUGGUUUAUAUGUCCUUGCUGCGAAAAUACUUUACCUAGAGCACAAUUAGAAAAAAAAUCAUAUAUUUGUAUUUAUUGUAAUUAUUAUUUUCCAUUACCUAGCCAUAAGCGAAUUCAAGAAAUAAUAGAUCAAAAUACUUGGACUCCUAUAAAUACUAAUCUAAUUUCAACUGAUCCAUUAGGAUUUUACGACAUUAAGGCUUAUAAUUCUAGAUUAGAAGAAAAUAAGAUAAAGACUAAAUUGCAAGACGCAGUGGAAACUGGAAUUGGAUUAAUUAAUGGUAUUAAGGUCGCUUGUGCUGUAAUGGAUUUCCGAUUUAUGGGAGGAAGUAUGGGAUCGGCUGUAGGUGAAAAAAUUACUCGCCUUAUAGAGCAAGCAACUUUAUAUAAAUUACCAGUAAUUAUCUUUUGUGCUUCUGGAGGCGCUCGUAUGCAAGAAGGUAUUUUAAGUUUGAUGCAAAUGGCAAAAAUUUCAUCAGUUUUAGCUAAACACAAAAAUGCAUCUCUUUUAUAUAUUUCUGUAUUAACUUCUCCUACUACUGGUGGUGUUACAGCUAGUUUUGGUAUGUUAGGUGAUAUAAUUAUAGCUGAACCUAGAGCUGUAGUAGCCUUUGCUGGACGAAGAGUUAUUGAGCAAACAAUUAAACAAAAAUUACCUCCAGAUUUUCAGAUUGCUGAAUUAUUAUGGAAGAAAGGUUUUGUGGAUUUAAUCAUACAACGAACUGAAUUAAAAAAUAAAUUGUAUCAAUUACUUAGAUUACAUUGUCAGAUUGCUAUUUUGUCCAUAAUUUAUAUUAUAAUUAGUAAUGCAAAUCUUGCAUCUGCGAAUGAUCUUGAUGAAAAAUCAAGAACAGUAUUAUUAAAUGAAAAUGGCAAAACCAUAACAUUAACAACAGAACAAGUAAAAAAAGGUAAACGCUUAUUUAAUAGUAAUUGUGCACAAUGUCACAGCGGUGGUGGUACUAAGACUAACCCUAAUAUCGGACUAGAUAUCAAAUCUUUACAAUCAGCAACUCCGAAGAGAGAUAAUAUUGAAGCUUUAAUAGACUAUAUGAAAAAUCCUACAACUUAUGACGGAACUGAAUCAAUUGCUGAAAUUCAUCCAAGUAUAAAAAGUGCUGAUAUUUUUCCUAAAAUGCGCAAUAUGACAGAUGAUGAUUUGUUUGCUAUCGCUGGUCAUAUUUUAUUACAAUCUAAUAUAGCAUCAGAGAAAUGGGGAGGAGUUGCAUUCGCAGCAGAUUUAAGUAAUGGUGAACAAAUUUUUUCUGCAAAUUGUGCUGCUUGUCAUACUGGAGGAAAUAAUGUAAUUAUGCCUGAAAAAACUCUUAAAAAAGAAUCUUUAGAAGCUAAUAAGGUUAACACGGUUGAAGCUAUUACUUAUCAAGUUACUAACGGUAAAAAUGCUAUGCCUGCAUUUGGUGGACGACUAAGUGAUACUGAUAUUGAAGAUGUAGCAAAUUAUAUUCUAACGCAAGCUGAAAAGGGUUGGUCUAAUUAAAUAAAUUUAUAAUAUAAAAAAUUAUAAAUUUAUUAGUUUAUAAUUUUUUAUAUUAUAAAUUUAUUUUAAAAGGC